AUGAAGCUCUCCCUGGUGGCUGCGGUGCUGCUGCUGCUCGGCGCGGCGCGGGCCGAGGAGGAGGACAAGAAGGAGGACGUGGGCACGGUGGUCGGCAUCGAUCUGGGGACCACCUACUCCUGCGUUGGGGUGUUUAAGAACGGCCGCGUGGAGAUCAUCGCCAACGAUCAGGGCAACCGCAUCACCCCGUCUUAUGUGGCCUUCACGCCCGAAGGGGAGCGUCUGAUCGGCGAUGCCGCCAAGAACCAGCUCACCUCCAACCCCGAGAACACGGUCUUCGACGCCAAGCGGCUCAUCGGCCGCACAUGGAACGACCCGUCUGUGCAGCAGGACAUCAAGUUCUUGCCUUUCAAGGUGGUUGAAAAGAAAACUAAACCAUACAUUCAAGUUGAUAUUGGAGGCGGGCAAACAAAGACUUUUGCUCCCGAAGAAAUAUCUGCCAUGGUUCUCACUAAAAUGAAGGAAACCGCCGAGGCUUAUUUGGGAAAGAAGGUUACCCAUGCAGUUGUUACUGUACCAGCCUAUUUCAAUGAUGCCCAACGCCAGGCAACCAAAGAUGCUGGGACUAUUGCUGGAUUGAAUGUCAUGAGGAUCAUCAAUGAGCCUACAGCAGCUGCUAUCGCAUAUGGCCUAGAUAAAAGGGAAGGGGAGAAGAACAUCCUGGUGUUUGACCUGGGUGGUGGAACCUUCGACGUGUCUCUUCUCACCAUUGAUAAUGGUGUCUUCGAAGUCGUGGCCACUAAUGGGGACACUCACCUGGGUGGAGAAGAUUUUGACCAGCGUGUCAUGGAACACUUCAUCAAGCUCUACAAAAAGAAGACUGGCAAAGAUGUCAGGAAAGACAACAGAGCUGUGCAGAAACUCCGCCGUGAGGUCGAAAAGGCCAAGCGGGCCCUGUCUUCUCAACACCAAGCAAGAAUUGAAAUUGAGUCCUUCUUCGAAGGAGAAGACUUCUCUGAGACCCUGACUCGGGCCAAGUUUGAAGAGCUGAACAUGGACCUGUUCCGCUCCACCAUGAAGCCUGUCCAGAAAGUGCUGGAGGAUUCUGAUUUGAAGAAGUCUGAUAUUGAUGAAAUUGUCCUUGUUGGUGGCUCUACUCGAAUCCCAAAGAUUCAACAGCUGGUUAAAGAGUUCUUCAAUGGCAAGGAGCCAUCCCGUGGCAUAAACCCAGAUGAGGCUGUCGCGUAUGGUGCUGCUGUCCAGGCUGGUGUACUCUCUGGUGAUCAAGAUACAGGUGAUCUGGUACUGCUUGACGUGUGUCCCCUUACGCUUGGUAUUGAAACUGUGGGAGGUGUCAUGACUAAACUGAUUCCAAGGAACACUGUAGUGCCCACUAAGAAGUCACAGAUCUUUUCUACAGCCUCUGAUAAUCAGCCAACUGUUACAAUCAAGGUUUAUGAAGGUGAACGCCCCCUGACGAAAGACAAUCAUCUCCUGGGAACUUUCGAUCUGACCGGAAUUCCUCCUGCUCCUCGUGGGGUCCCACAGAUUGAGGUCACCUUUGAGAUAGAUGUGAAUGGCAUUCUCCGAGUGACAGCCGAAGACAAAGGUACGGGCAACAAAAAUAAGAUCACAAUUACCAAUGAUCAAAAUCGCCUGACACCUGAAGAAAUUGAAAGGAUGGUUAACGAUGCAGAGAAGUUUGCUGAGGAGGACAAAAAGCUCAAGGAGCGCAUUGAUACCAGAAAUGAAUUGGAAAGUUAUGCCUAUUCUCUAAAGAAUCAAAUUGGAGAUAAAGAAAAGCUGGGAGGGAAACUUUCCUCUGAAGAUAAGGAGACCGUGGAAAAAGCUGUAGAGGAAAAGAUUGAAUGGCUGGAAAGUCACCAAGAUGCUGACAUUGAAGAUUUCAAAGCUAAAAAGAAGGAACUAGAAGAAAUUGUUCAGCCAAUUAUCAGCAAACUCUAUGGAAGUGCAGGCGCCCCACCUGAGGAAGAGGAACCAGCAGACAAGGAUGAGUUGUAG